AUGUCACACAGCGUCCAUGAUAUAGCGCCAACGACAAGCUCAGUUAGCGUCAACGUUGAACACGAGGAAUGUUUCCAAAGACGCUUGCGUCAUAUAAGUUCCAUCCAAGUUCGCAAUUUAACGCCUUUUCCUGUCCGAGAUGCAUUUGCUUCUGCUCUCACCCGCCCAGCUGAACACUCCCAAUUUACGCCUCUGGGAAACCUCUCUGACGAUCUUGAUAUAACGCUUUCACGAAAACGCUCACGGCGGAUCUCCACAACCUCUGUCAAUACUCUUCGUAGUGCCCGCAUAGAUGACCAUGCACCAAUAUUGGACAAUGGCGAUGGGAGAGGUUGCCGGAGAACCCACUCUAAAGUAAGUUUCUCAGGAGGGAGCGCAGAGCCCAUGCAAAGGAGCAACGCCACCUCCCGCACCAUUUCAACCAGUGCUACCACACCUACGAUAAAACUCAGUAAUCGGGGGCGCACUAGCUCCAUGGUCUCGUCCCUCAGUGCAUCUACGACCAAUAUUAAUGCCCCCUCCUCGACCUCGAAUACGCAGGCGCCUUCGACCUUGACUACCGUUUUAUCUUCAUCAUUAUUCUUCGAUUAUUCGCAGAGGACCUUGGAGAAAGUUGUCCAAUCCCGUCUCGUGGAGACCUUUAUUUCAGUCACUGUUCCAGACACUCCGGAUACUUUUCCGUUCCCGUCUUCAUCGCCCACCAUACAACGAACUCGCGCUGAAAGUGCUCCACGCGCACGCUCUUCCACUCCCAAUGACUCUGUACCUCUUAAUUCGGUGUCAAAUGUGCGCAAAGCUUUCAAAACACCACGUCCGAACAGUGCGGAGGCCUCCAAGGCCGCAUCCUUGUCCCGACCGGAACCUUCCUCCUCGAUCCGCUCUUCCACCUCUCUCAGAAAAAGUACACCGCCAGUCAGAACAACAGGAACGUCUCUUACACCACGAAUGGUCCCGAAAACACAUAAGUCCUCGGCUUCUGUCCCACGUAUCCUCACAGCUAGCCAGCUGCCAUCGCCUCCAGCUUCUCCAGCGUCUCCAGAACCACCUCUGCUUCGCACCGUGCCAAACUACAUAUCACCUAUCCACAAGCCCUCGACGAACCCUUCUUUCGUGAUUGAUGCACGGUCAGGAUUCGAGUUUGCACCGUGGACAGAUUUAGGUGCCGAUACGGUGAAGAUUGAGCUAUGGGCAAAGACUUGUCGGCAUCCUACCAGUGGAGCUCCACUCGAGGGCAAAGGAAAACAGAAGGAGAUGUUGGUGACUGAUCCUACUAGAGAAGAACCCGAGUGGACCGUCCUCGAGCAAUGGAAUGUCAACCUUGCAGACCUCGCCCCAUUGAAACCUGAGCUCGAGGCUCAUCCGUCACGCCUCCCGUCCAAUACCCUUUUCAUAUCAUUUUCCACUUGCGCAGAAACAUUCUACUUGCCAACUCGUUCAGUUUCGAGACUCCAUUCACACUCACGCUCUCCUUCUCCGACUGCGUACAACUCUGAACCGGAGAUAGGAACUCGGAAGUUCGGACACCUUGCCGACCAGGCUAUACCAGCACAUUUUCAUCUCGCCCGGACGCCUUCUGAACGGCCUAACAAAUCACGCAGAUCACGCAGGGCAGAUGCCAGAACCGCGAGUUUGCAAGAUUUACUUCAGUUCGUUACGCUCAGGUCAUGUAUCGUCGACCACGAGGAGUCGCUUGCGGAUGUGAUCCGGCAAAUAGAUACCACAUUGGACAAUGAUGUCGUUGCGAUAUUGAAUCGGGAGGCUUCGGAACGUGAAGCGCGUAUCGAAGAUCGACAAUCUGAAGCGAAGGGGAUCUUGGAACGGACAUGUCUGUUACGCGGAGAUAUUACUUCUCGCCGAAAGAUGCUAAAACAACGGAGAGACAUACUUGCAACUGCUAGGUCGAUGUACGCUGAAGACCAGGCCAACCUCCGGCAGACUGCUGUGGAAGUUACUGAGCAGAAGCGGUGUCUUGACACCCUUCGAGCGCGUCUUCCAGUUAUACGAACGUCCUUGAUCUCGACGCUGUCAUGGGUAUAUCCUAUUGAACUACUUUCUUCUUCGGAGCUGCUAUUCACGAUUCUCACUGUUCCGUUACCUAUUCCGUUCAACACUACAGAGCCUGCACCACCAUUGUCACUGGCCUCGCACAAGGAAGUGACUGAGGAUGCAGUAGCCACUGCGCUAGGUUUUGCUGCACAACUAGUGCAGCUCCUUGCCAUCUAUAUGGGCAAGGGUCUCACAUAUCCUAUCACCUGCAUAGGGAGUCGGAGUCUGAUCAGAGAUAACAUAUCGGCCAUGGUUGGUCCAAGAAUGUUUCCUCUAUUCUCGAAGGGCGUUGACACAUAUCGAUUUGAGUAUGGCGUGUUUCUGCUAAACAAGGAUAUUGAAAUGCUCAUGGCAGAUCGCGAUUUACGAGCGCUAGAUAUGCGACACACGCUACCUAAUUUGAAAAACUUGCUCCUAACACUUACUGAUGGUGAAUGCGCAAGCAUCCACAACUCUCGAGUUUUUGAUUCACCAGCUUCUUCUGGCCUUGUAACACCCCUACGAGCAUACUCGCUGCCUCCUGCCCUGGUGCUCACGCCAGACAGUCCAAAAGCUGACCAUAGUCUGCGCGAGUUACCUGGGGAUGUAGAGGCCGAGAGUGCUACUUCACCCGAUAGCGGCUCGACUACGCCUACGGCAGCGGUACCAUUUACCGAAGGUAGUACCUUCUCUCGGUAUUCGAAACUAUCAAUUGGCUUCCCGCCCCUGCCUGGAUUUUUACGUCCGCGGAACGCUUCUGUCAUCGGUCGGGCGUCGGUGAGAUUGGAUCCUGAGACCGCUUGGGAGGCGCAAGAUGGGGUCCAGGGUGCCACAUCAGGGUUGCCGGCUCCGAAUUUGAGGAUGGGGGAGGAUGAGGAUCGGCGAACCAUUCGGGGUGUUGUGGUAGAAUGUGAGGAGGGUAAGAGUGUUGAGCCAGGGGAAGUGAAUGUUAGUGAAGGGGCAAAGGAGCCGAUGGAGAAAACUGUGGAUGAUGCUUCUACCGCUGCGCCUUGCAAUGUUGUUUCGCAUGCUUCAUGA